AUUAGGUGCGGCGCGGAAAGUGCAUGCCCUGGACACUGUAGAUAUAAUAGGAACACGGUUUGCCAACCCAGCCGAACAUCAGCGAGCAUCAGCAGGCGCCAAAACAGACUACAAAAGUGCGGAAAUCUGCCUUCGCUGCCUGCCCACGUCCCCCGCCCCGCGGCGGCAGCAGCAACCACAAAAAAUACAAAAUCAAACAAAAACCAAGAAAACUUAAGUUUAGUGUAGCAAAAAUAGUGAAAACGCACCCGUGCACGAUGAGCAACGACGGCCAAGAGCAGGAGCUGGGCGCCGAGGUGGUCAGUGGGGCCGUGGUCACCGACGACACCCUGGAGAUCACGAAAGCCAAAUACACGAAUCUGUGCCGCGAACUCAAUAUGGACAGCCAGACGGAGGAGGACGGCUGGGCGAUGUACCUUGAUGUGAGGCAGCGCUGCGUCAUGGAGGGUGACUCCUUGAUGUGGCUUUGUUGCUGUCUCUUUGCGGCCUGCCGUCGGUCGAGCACGCCCACGGUGAUUGGACAGGAUGCCGUGGUGCGCGGCAAUUGCGUAUCCCUCAACAAUCUGCUGCGGUGCUGCCAGAUGAGCAUCUACGACUUCAAGACCAAGAUCAAGCAGUGGUGCGACAUGGCCAACCUGCCGCAGGAGUUUGUCAACGAGAUCGAGGUACUGGAUCGCAAGUUCAGCAUCACAUUCACACUGUACAAACGCUUUCGUAACAUCUUUGACAAGAUCUUCAACUGUCCGCCCAACGAGAAACGUCACUCGAAAUAUAUUUCCCUGCAUGCCAAUCACGCCAAUGGCAAAUGCUCCUACAUCAAACUGGAUGACAUUUGCUGGCGGCUGUUUUUGUGCGCCAAGAACCAGAAGCCGAGCACCACAGUUGACCUGGUCACGUCUUUCAAUCUGAUGAUCUGCUGCAUCGAUCUGAUCUACAACAAUGUGCUGGCCGAGAAGCGCACUGAUCUCAUCAAUCCUAAAUUCGACGGCCUGCCUAACAACUGGACGGAGGUGGACUUCAAGGCGAAUCCCCACUGCAUACUGACUUACUUCUGCGACAUGACUGAAGAGGCCAAGGCCAUGAAGGCCACCACCUUCAGGGAGAUCAUGUCCAGCUUCUUUCAGACAAUGACCAUCUAUGGCCACAAAGAUAACAUGCUGGGCCUCUUGGCCAACGAGAACUUUGAGCGCAACCUAAAGUCGCUCAACAUCAGCUACGAGCAGUACGUGCUGAGCGUGGGCGAGUUCGACGAGCGCAUCCUGAGCGCCUACGACGCCAGCGAUCACACCAACCUGAACGACCAGGCCCUUAGACCCCCGGUCACGCCGCUGACACGCAAACAAGAUCUGCCAGCCCAGCCGGCGAUGGCCGGUGAGAAGUUCGAACCCGUUCUCAAUGCCACCAACAAUGUGAAGCAGCUGAGUGCCUUCGAUCGCAUCACCGAGCCCACGGAAUAUGUCAAGCAAGCUGGCGAUGAGGUGAUUGCCAAGCUGCUGAAAAUCAUCGAGGACAUCAAGCUUAAGUUCCUCGCAAAAUAUCCGUCGGGGGAGGCGAAAAGCCGCUUCCGACUGGCCAAGUCCUUCUACUACUAUCUGCUGGAUCAGAUCUUGCAGGCGGAAAUCAAGAACAAGCCCGAGUUCGAUCUCAAGCGUCUGCUGGUGCAGAAGAUCUCGCUGGACAUCUUUAACAUCACGCUUAUGGCCUGCUGCGUGGAGCUGGUGCUGGAGGCCUACAAGACGGAGCUCAAGUUCCCCUGGGUGCUCGAGUGUUUCAGUAUUAGUGCCUUUGAGUUUCAGAAGAUCAUCGAGAUUGUCGUGCGACACGGCUCGCACGAGGGCUGCCUCAACCGCUACCUCAUUAAGCAUCUCAACUCGAUCGAGGAGACCUGCCUCGAGCGCCUGGCCUGGGCGAGUAACUCCCCCGUCUGGGACAUGAUCGCCACCGCCCCUAAGCCGCUGCCCACCCACUACGACGUGAACUGCGACCGCACCGCCGGCGCCCUGCAGAUCUUUCUGCGCAAGGUCUACCUCCUCGGCUGGCUGCGCAUCCAGAAGCUCUGCUCUGAACUGAUUCUGAUCGACAAGGCGCCUGAGCGCAUCUGGCACAUUUUCGAGCACUCAAUCACACAAAAAACAGACCUCAUGAAGGACCGCCAUCUCGACCAAAUUAUCAUGUGUGCAAUAUAUAUUUACAUAAGGGUAUCGAAACUAGAGGAUCCAAAAUUCAGCGACAUUAUGCGCGCCUAUCGCAAUCAACCGCAGGCGGUGAACAGCGUCUAUCGCGAGGUGCUCUUCGACCUCAACGACGAUGGGCAGCCGAAGGUGACGGACAUUAUAUACUUCUAUAACCACAAGUAUGUGCCGCUGAUGAAGCAGUUUGCGAUCGACUACCUGAAUAUGACUCCGGACGUGACCGGCUGCAAGAUAAAGGCCGCCGAUCUACUGCUUUCACCCCAUCCCUCGGAGCGGGCCGCCCAGCCGAAGAAGGUCACGCAGAAUCACUCGCUGUAUGUCACGCAAAUGCCCAAGAACGAGAUCCAACAGUCGCCGAAUCAGAUGGUCUACGAGUUCUAUCGCAGCCCCGCUAAGGAUCUGCAACUGAUGAACGAGAAGGUGCGCGGGGGCAAGCGCAUGCUCAGCUUCGGAGAUGAGCCCGGCCUGGGCCAACUCGAGACGAAGCGCAUCAAUCUGCCAACACACCUCAGCCAGAUAAAGGCGGUGAUGGACGAUCGGGAGAGCGAGCCGCGGGAUCCCAAGUAGAAGAAGUAGACGGAUUCAAACGAGACAUAGAUAGACACCGGGUCUCUGGGGGCAGCUUAGAUUUUAGUUUAGAAGGACGAUGGGGGCGAGGCGCUGGCGGUGAGACCAGAGGACCUGAGCGGCUAUGGUCGAUUUUAUGAUUGUUUUUUAUUUUUUUUUAGUUUGACUUGUUAAUUUAAACACAAAAAACCCAAUCGUAAGCAUCCCUUUUACACCAUGCUCGAUAGAAAUCCGCUUAGAAAUCCGUUCAGCAUAGAAAUCCAUAUUAUCUCUUAGACUCUUGCACUGGCUACUGCUACUGCUAAAGCAGUUUAUUCGAACCACGCAUCCGCAUCCGCGUCUGUAUCACGUAUCAUUUUUGUAUGUGGUUUUGCGAGGGUUUUUGUUCGGUUCGGUUCCAUCAUCUACAAUUGAGUGUAUUGUGUGCACAGAAUAGGACAGAGGAUGAGGAUGUACCGCACACAAUCAUUUGUUUUUAUUGUGCGACACAAUUGUUUUAUAUAGUGCCACAAAUCAUUUGGCAGAAUUUGUACUAUAGCACCGAUCAACAACUUAGAGCUUUUUUUUAUCUCUACGUUCUAGAUAUUAGAUCCUAUGUGACAUUUUUAAUUACUUUGGUGGCACUUUACAAAAGCAUUAAAUUAAUAUAUAAACUUUUUCACCCACUAACAAUUCCUAUAUUCUAUUCCCCCUACUAUGUAUAUCCCCCCUAGUGUGUGCAAUGACCAUUUUAAAGCAUCAGUCUAUCUCUUGUCUAUUGCAAUAUCUACAUUUUACCGUGUUUCACGAGUCCGUUUCACGUACCUUUUUCAAAUAUUUUACCACAGAAUGGCAUAAAUUAUUCCAUGAAAAGAAUCAAUACGAUGGUCUGUAGCUAUUUUUGGGCUUCUUUUCAUGAUCGCUCUCAUUUUGUGCAAUAAAGGAGCCAAGGGAUGUAUAGAUAUCUAAAAAUCCAUUAAGCAGUUUACAAAACAAACUAGACUCCAAUUAGAUCUCCAUGAUUUGCCUACGAUUUUUUCGUUAGUUUAGGGACUUUCUGCCUUAUUCUGU